GUCACAGACUAAUAAUUAAUAAAUAUUAAUAAUGAUAUCCAAAUUAGAUUUGAAAUAAGAUUUAUAGAAGCUUCUAAAACCACCUCAAAAUAAAUAAUACUUCGAAUUUCGCAAAUUCUAAGUUCUAUCUAUAGGUACUCUAAAGUAUCCGAUCGUAAUAUUACUUUAGUAUUAUUUUAUAUAGUUCGUGUCAUAAAAUAAUAGUAGAAUAUGUUGGAAUAAGAUUAUUACUAUUGUUAUUCUUAUUAAGUUUUUUGCUAAUGGUACCUUAUUUAUUGCUGAGCAUAAAUUGAAUUGUUAUUAAUUAUAAAAUUUAAAUACCUAUAGUUGUGCUAUAAAUUAUAAUCAAAAAUCAGACCUGAAGUUUUGGUUGAUACAAUUUUCAGUACUCAAAUAAUAUUUAUUUAUUGAAUUUUAAUAUUAAUGGUUUAUUAAAUUCAAUUAGUUUUAUUUUUACUUGUUUGUUAGUAUCGAAAAAAUCUUUUGAAGCUUAUAAAAUGAGUAAUAUUUAUAUUCAAGAACCUCCUACUUCUGGAAAAGUUGUGCUUAAAACUUCAUUUGGUGAUAUUGAAAUUGAAUUAUGGUCAAGGGAAGCUCCAAAAGCUUGUAGAAAUUUUGUUCAGCUGUGUACUGAUGGAUAUUAUGAUGGAGUCUUGUUUCAUCGUAUUGUCAAGGGUUUUAUUGCUCAGGGUGGAGAUCCAACUGGAACUGGAGCAGGCGGCGAAUCAAUUUAUGGUCAUCCAUUUAAAGAUGAAAUACAUUCACGUCUUAGGUUCAAUCGACGUGGUUUGGUGGCUAUGGCAAAUGCUGGAAAAGAUGAUAAUGGAUCUCAAUUCUUUUUCACAUUAGGAUCCACUCCAGAACUUCAAACAAAACACACAAUAUUUGGAAAAGUUGCUGGUGAUACUAUCUUUAAUUUAACCAAAUUGAAUGAAACUCUUGUAGAUACGGAAGAUAAACCAGUUUAUGAUCAAAAAAUACUAAAAACUAUAGUAUUAAAUAGUCCUUUCCCUGAUAUCGUACCCAGAAUUGAAAAAAAGAGUGAGAAAACUGAAAAACUUUCAAAAAAAAAAGAAGUUGUUGGUGUCAAAAAUUUUAAACUUUUAUCAUUUGGUGAAGAAGCUGAAGAGGAUGAAGAAGAGCUUAUUGAUGUUGUAAAAGAGUUUAGUGGUAGACCAAAAUCAACUCACGAUGUUCUUCAAGAUCCUCAGUUAAGUUCAGAACCUGCUAUUAUAGAUAAUGAACUUACAGAUGAUAUAACCAUACCUUCUAGUGAUCAGACAUCAAAAAUAAGUAUUGAUGAUGUUAGAUCGAAAUUGUCUUCUAAUAGUAAAAAUAAAAAAAGUGCACCUAAAUCAGUUGAACAAACAAAUGAAGAAGAUUCUGAUGAUUAUGAACUUGGCAAAGAUCUAAAAGAAGAGAAAAAAAGAAAAGCAGAGGAAAUCCGAAAAGAAAUAAAUGAAAUAAAAUCACAGCUAUCAAAAAAAAAAAAAAAUAAAAAAAAGCCUAGCCUAGAUAUAGAUGAUAUACCGAGCAUACCCGCAUUGCCUAUUGAUCCACUUAAACAACAAUAUUUGGAAAAUAUAAAAAUGUAUUCUUCCAAAAAAAGUGAAAUUCCUAAAAAAGGUUCAAAUAGAGAAGAAUUUGCUCUUGGUCUUUUAGAACAGUUUAAAAAUAAACUACAUAAUGCAAUACAGUCAAGUCAAGAAAAACCUGAAAAACCAACUGAAACAGUAGAAGAAGAAGAUGAUGAUUGGAAAAGUCAUCCCCUUCAAUUUCAGAAGGAAGAUGCUGUACUAGCAAAAGAUGCAAAUAAAAAAGAUGAUGAUUGGUUUGAAAUAUAUGAUCCUAGAAGUGCUAUCAAUAAAAGAAAGCGUGAAUUGAAUAAAUUAAAUUCAAAAACUGACAAAGAUAAAAAAACAAAAGUUUAAAACAUAAAAAUGUUAUUCAAUGUAUUUUGCUUUUCUUAGGCUUAUAAUAAAUUUAAUUGUAAAGUUUUAAUA